AACAAAGGGCGUCAAUUUGUGUUGAAAACUGGACCUAAGGGCUCAGAUUAGGGUUGUGAUGAUACUUAGCUCACAAGACGAGACGAUGCACAAGAUUGGUGUCAUGAGAACGAAAACAAGCAGACUUGUGUACCUGGCCAUAAACCGGAUUAAGAAGCUAAGCGUUAUAUGCAAGAGUUGUUGUCUCUAACCUCGCUCUGGUUUUCAGGACAAGAUGGACCUGAGCUGCGUCCACAGCCCUGCUGUAGCUGAACUCAUGAGGUGCAUCAGGAGUCAGAUGGAGAGCCUCAUCACUGGGCUUCCUCCCAGGGAGCUCAGUGCCAUGUCUCUGGGGUUGGCUCACAGUUUAUCCCGCUACAAGCUGAAGUUCAGUCCAGACAAAGUGAACACUAUGAUCGCAGACAUUUUAACACUAUUGAAGAAACAUUCAAUGCUGAAAGAUUUUGAGCAUUCAACACUUACUUUCCUGCAUCUGGACAAAUGAUCUGCACCAGUUUUU